AUGGCUACAUAUGGACAGCGAUACCUGAAAAAAGCAAGGACGCUACCGAAACUUAGUGCAAUCCCAUUUGAAAUGAAUUUUUUCCCAAAAGAAUUGUGGUCCACGGUUGAUCCGAAAUACGUCGGUUUGCCGGGGGCGAACGGUUUCGGAGCCCUUUCACGGGCUGGUCAAAAACGAGGCUUUGAAGACGACGAGGAAGACGAAGUUGUGGACGCCGCGCGUAAGCGGCGGACCGUUGAUGAAGGGGAAGAUGAAGGAUCGGAUGUCGAUAGACGGAGAGACACAGAUGACGAGGGUGGACUGGAGGAGGAGGGAGAAGGGGAGGAAGAGAUUGUGGACGACGAUUUUGAGGACGAUGAGGAAGAUAUGGGCGGGGAUUAUAAUGCCGAGCAGUAUUUUGAUGCCGGCGAUGAAGGAGAUGACUAUGGUGACGGCGAUGGCGGUGAUGGCGAUGGAGGUGUUUUACUUUUCACACUUAAACUUCCGUACCUUCUCUACCAUUUCGCAUUGGAUGUCAGGAAUAAUACUGUCGAGAGAUGGAUCACAAGUUUGCGCUUUUACACUGGUUUUAUGAGCACAAACACGAUCGUCUUCGCUGGAAAACCAAAGGGCCCUCGGGGUCAGAGUGCUGAAAUGGCCUACAGCGAAAAUGGCAAUCCGAGGACUGCGUUGGUUAUUUACGCCUCUGAAACGGGCAACUCUCAAGAAAUAGCGGAGGAGCUUGGCCGCUUGACCGAGCGACUUCACUUCCAUACCUAUAUAUCAGAGCUAGAUGCGGUCAAAGCAGGGUCCUUGAACGAACAUUCCUUUGUCAUCUUCGCCAUUUCGACUACCGGACAAGGUGACCUCCCUGCGAAUGGACGGACGUUUUGGCGAUCUCUGCUCUUGAAAAGGCUUUCAUCGACCUACUUGCAUCACGUCAAUUUCGCGAUAUUUGGGCUUGGAGAUAGCUCUUAUCCAAAGACCGACGGCACUUUCGUUCCUUGGGCGCAAAACUUGAGGAAAUUUCUGUUGGAUAAAUUUCCUUUGGAGCCUGGCCAGCACCCAAUACCAGAUGAUGUUGGACUACUACCGAAAUGGGUUCUCACCACUUGGAGCCCAAGUAUAGGCGAGCCAGGACAAACAGUUAAUGGAGAUGGAACUCAGCUUGAAACAGACAGCGAGAAUAGGAAGGGAGCGCCCGGAAGAUACCCUGCUUUACAGUCUCAAGAUCAUGAUACACGGCCAAUUCCUAACUCCAUCUCGGCGACUCUAGUUGAUAAUAUCCGUGCCACUCCAAAAAGCCACUGGCAGGAUGUUCGACAUCUUAUCCUGACGGUCCCUGAAUGCCUAAAGUACGUCCCAGGGGACGUUCUUCAUAUAACACCAAAAAACUUUUCAGACGAUGUAGAUGCGCUCAUAUCUCUGAUGGGAUGGGAAACCGACGCCGAUGUUCCGUUAUGCUUUGCCCCCAGGGACCCGUCGUCGCCGUCAUCUAUGCCCCCACCCACACCGUUUCUGCAGGAUAACCCCGGAUUUACACUGCGUGAAUUACUGACUAACUAUUUAGAUAUCAUGGCGAUUCCCCGUCGAUCCUUCUUUUCCCAAGUAGCCCACUUUACCACCGAUGCAAUGCAUAAAGAACGACUCCUAGAAUUUACUAACCCAGAAUAUAUUGAUGAAUAUUAUGAUUACGCCACACGGUCUAGACGGAGUAUCUUAGAAGUUUUAUAUGAAUUCGACACCAUCAAAAUACCUUGGCAGAAUGCUUGUACAGUUUUCCCCAUUUUGCGUGGGCGUCAGUUCAGCAUCGCCAGCGGUGGAAAAUUGAAGAGGACAGCUGACGGAGAAACAAGGUUCGACCUGUUAGUGGCCAUCGUCAAAUAUCAAACUGUCAUAAAGAAGAUUCGUGAGGGUAUAUGCACAAGAUAUCUUGCCAUACUCCAACCAGGGAGCACUUUGAAAGUUCAACUCCAUCGAGGCGGCCUUAAUCCUUCCGCAAAGCAGCUCCUGGAGCCUUCUGUGCUGAUAGGGCCAGGGACGGGGGUCGCGCCUAUCCGAUCUCUCCUGUGGGAAAAAGCGGCUUUGGCGGAGGCAUAUCGCCACAAGUACGGCUCAAAUUCUCCGCUGCCAAUUGGACCUAUCAUUCUACUAUACGGUGGCCGCAACAGAGGCGCAGACUUUUUCUUCGAGAAGGAUUGGGAGGAGCUCAAGGAGACGCUUGAUCUUACCGUUCUCUCGGCCUUUUCCAGGGAUCAAAGGCAAAAGCACUAUGUUCAGGACGUGAUCCGGCAGAAGAAAGACCAAUUCUUCAACGUGCUGCACGAUUUGCAAGGAACGGUCUUUAUUUGCGGGUCGUCUGGACGGAUGCCCCAGGCGGUGAGGGAGGCAUUGAUCGAAACGUUUGAGAAGCCUGGGUCUAAUCGUCAGGAGGCAGAAAAGUACCUGAUGGACAUGGAAAAGGUGGGACGAUAUAGACAGGAGACCUGGUGA